AUGGAUAUAGAUUCUUUGUUAAACACUUUGGAUACGUGCGGGCAAUUGGGAUUGGUGUUAUCCACGGAAGAGAGCCUGACUCUAUACAAUUCCUUAUUAUUACUUCAAAAUGAAAAUCACUUUCGGAAAGCCUUUUUCUGGGGACGCAUUUUUGGACACGAGAAGGACUAUUACGUGGCUUACGGAUACACGAACGACGUUCUUCUGAACAGAGUUUUCUAUUACAGCACAAACUGCAGAGAUUGGGGCCUGCUGCCCAGACCUACAGAUAAAGCGUUGCUUCUUACACCUCUGUGCACGAGUAAGUUUCAAGGGGACCCAGCGCUCGUCGUAGAUAUCCUAAUAGAAAAAGAUGAGAUUUCAAUCGGUGAGAAGUUGAAGGCACCACAAGUCCGACAGCUGAAGGAGGAGGACAGAUUGGCCGCGGCUAUUCAUUUGAUUAACGAAGAAGCCGUCGUCGUGCCUAGAGGUGUUUUAUUCCAACGACCGGAUGGCGUGGUCGUGGAAAAUUUAAGUUUCGAAGGACUGAGCUAUUUAGAAGCGAUGGAAGUAAAAUCGUUUCUGCAUUACCGCAAAGCGAGGAAUAAAUGGAAUACCAAUUUAUUAACGAGAAAUGAUUACAAUUACGCAAUUGAUUUCCUGGAUUGCGCCGACGAGGACGUUCCCGAGGGUUGCUUUGUUACACAGAUUUCGCCGGGAGGCAUAUACGUAGUCGUACAGUCCCUCUAUUGGACAGGUUUCAUGUUGUACCAUAAGAUCGGUACACCUAUUUAUGGUUACGCAUAUUUUGGUAACGGUAGGAAAUGCUUCAAUUUGCCGUUUAUGCUACAACUGUUGUAA